AAGCACCAUUAGAAAUUUUGUGCUGCAAACUAAAGUUCAAGGGAAGAAAGCAUGGCCGGAUUUGCAGGCAUUGCAACCGAGAAACUUACUGACGAGAACUAUGAGAAUUGGAAGGAAUGUUUGAAGAGCUAUUUUAUAGCUAAUGAUCUUUGGGAUGUUGUGAAUGGAGUUGAAUCUGAGCAAAACUACAAGGAGUGGGUUAGAAAAAAUGCAAUGGCAUUACAUGCAAUCCAAAUUUCAUGUAAAGGAGACACAAUGUCAAAGCUGAGGGGAAAUGAAUCCGCCAACUAUUGGUGGAAUGUUUUGGCUAAGAAAACAGGAAUAAAAUCAUCAAUUGAAAGUGCUGAGAUCAUGCAACUAGAAGAAAACAAGUGUAGCGACUUAUUCAAGGAUGUGGAAAGAGGUGAUUGGGCACGUACAAGAACUUUCCUCGAAGAAAGUACUGACGCUAUACGACAAAAUAUUACACUACUCGGUCAAAACGUUCUUCAUGUUGCGGUUAUGGCUAAACAAACAAAGAUUCUGGAGAACUUGUUAGAAUAUUCAACAGAAGAAGACUUAGAAGUUAAAAAUGAUAUGGGCUACACAGCUUUCACUAUAGCUGCCAUCCACGGAUUCAAAGAUAUGGUUGAGAUUAUGCUAAAAAAAAAAGGUAAUUUGGUUAUCCUUAAGGAUGGUGAUGGCCUACUUCCAAUUGUUAGGGCAUCGUUUUAUAGCUCCAGAGAGAUGGUACGUUAUCUUUACACAAAGACUCCACAUGAAGUGCUAAGUCCAGAAAAUCCUGAUAGGAGUGGUGCCACUCUUCUCAAUUGCCUCAUCUCUGAUGAGCUUUAUGAUGUGGCUUCACAUAUGUUGGAAAAAUACCCAGUAUUGGCUUUUGUGGAAGAUCUUCAUAGAAACCGUGGAAUCAGAUUGUUGGCUCGUAAAUGUUUUGGAUUCCCAAGUGGAAACAGACAUAGUUUUUGGGAACAGUGGCUUUACUCAUGUGAGUGAUACUGCUUUAAACCCUUCUUAAUUAAUUCCCUUAUUCAAUAGUUUAUUUGCAUGCUCUUAACUGCUUUUGAUGCAAGGUAUAAGGGUAACUGUUCCUCCUUAUGAUGAACACUUACAAUCAAGUGAUGAGGAAAGCAAUGUUCA